AUCUUCAAAUUCAUAUAUUUAUAUUCGCGUAUUAAUACAGCCACGCACCAGUGCUUACACAAAAUGGCGCUGCCCAUUGCACUGAGAGGUUCAUCAGGUAUAUGGAUGAUCAAUGGACCACCAAAACAUGGAUCUGAUGCACCAUUCACGAAGGAACCAAGUGGAAAAUGUAAGGUUAUGGUGUUCAGUAAAGAUGGUUCACUAUUUGCCUGGAGCAAUGGUGACUGUGUGAAGAUUUUUGAUACCCAGAAGAAUGAAGUGAUACAAGAGUUACCGAGACCAAAGGCAUCAUGUAUGGCAUUCUCUCCACAAGGCUCAUUACUUACCAUCUGGGAACCAUACUCGGUUGACAAGGAAACACAAGCUGGAGUUCCUAAUCUUCAUAUCUACAAUGUGGCUACAGGAAAAUGUGUGAAAAGUUUGAUACAGAAAAAAUUCAGCUACUGGGCUCCCCAGUUUUCUAAUGACGAGAAGAUUUGCUGUAGAAAUGUCAACAAUGAGCUACACUUUUUCGAGGAUAAAAACUUUGAUGAAAUUAAGACAAAAUUACAUCUACAGAAGGUAGCUGGGUAUAGUUUAGCCUCGGCAGGGCCUCCAUACAUGGUAUCUGGCUAUGUGCCAGGUGGAAAGGGUCAACCAUCAUUUGUCCGAGUAUACAAGUACCCAAAUUUUGGUGGACCGAAUGCUGCAGUGGCUAACAGAACUUUCUUCAAGGCAGAUAAAGUGGAGAUGAUGUGGAAUAAAGCGGGGACAGCUCUCUUGUUGCUAACGACAACGGAUACGUCAGAAUCUUCUUACUAUGGCGAUCAGGGUCUUCAUUAUCUAGGAGUGAAUGGGGAAAGUAAUUUGGUACAUUUAGGUAAAAAUGGGCCUGUUUAUCAUGUAGAAUGGAGUCCCAAGUCAACAGAAUUCUGUGUUGUAUAUGGAUUUAUGCCAGCAAAGGCGACAAUUUACAACUUGAAGACAGAAGCUGUGUUUGAUUUUGGAACUGGACCUCGUAACUUUAGUUUCUACAACCCUCAGGGAAAUAUUUUGUGUUUGUGUGGUUUUGGAAAUCUCCAUGGCAACAUGGAAUUCUGGGAUGUUAAACAGAAGAAGCUGAUCUGUCAAACACAGUCCCCAGACACAACAAGUUUUCAAUGGUGUGCCAACGGAGAACAUAUCAUCACAGCUACAACCUCACCUAGGUUACGUGUAGGCAAUGGAUACAGAAUAUGGCAUUACACUGGUGCAGUAUUAGAACAGAAGUUGGUUGACAAGGGAGAAGAAUUAUGGGAGGCAUUCUGGCAACCUGCCCCUGACAACAUGUUCCCAGAGAAGUCAAUCAGCUAUAGGCAGGUGGAAUCAGAAGUACAGGCUCCAGCUACCACAGCUGCAAAGCAGGCAUAUGUUCCGCCUUCAUUAAGAGGUCAACAGAAUAAACCCUCCACUAAACUGCACGAAUAUGAGCUUCCCUCUAAUGUCAAACAAUCUCAAGCAGAUGCAAACAAACCAGCAAGCAAAAAUAAAAAGAAGAAAGAAGCUCGAAAAGCCAGACAAGCAGAGAAUGAUGAGAAUGAAUCAGCCAAUCAGGCAGCAGCAGGAGCAAGUAGUGCACCUAGUGUUCCUCAACCAUCUACUGGGGACCCUGAAAAAGACAAGAAAAUCAGAAAUCUCCGUAAAAAACUGCAGCAAAUUGAAAAAUUGAAAGAACAGAUGAAAGCAGGAAAACAGCUUGAAAAAAAUCAGUUGGAAAAGCUAAAGACUGAGGAAUCUUUGAUAUCAGAACUUGAAGACUUAGAAAUCAGCUGAGAGAUAAUGGGGAUUUAGGUUGAUAAUAUAGUGCUUCAAACAAUUCUGUGAUAUUCAGAUAGAUAUAAGAAGGUACUGAAAUUACAGACAAUUGUGUGUUAAGGUCUUUGUCUUUGGUUUUGAAAGCCAAAAGGAUUGAGGUUACUUCGUAAAUUAAUUGAACUCGUAGCAGUGUCAAGUUUUUUAAAUUAUUUGUAAAAUAAAUUAUAGAGAUAUGAAUAGUAACUAUAGUUACAUACAGCAUCAGGAAGUUACAGCAACAGGAAGUUACAGCAACAGACAUACGAAACAACUUCAUGUAUAUAUGAAUGUAUUAUCCACUGGUGGCCAUAAUUUGUUACCCUAAGUCUUUUACAGCCUAUUGUUUAAUACACUUUAUUUUCUUAUGAUCCAAACAUUCUAUGUUGAAGAAAUUUGGCAGAUAUCAUGCAUUAGAUUUACUUUGCAUUAUAUUUAAAAAAUAUCCUAAUCUUUUCCUUCUUAACAAACAUUUGUUGAGACUAUCUGACAUACACAGUUAGUGUGUUGACUCUAGGACAGGGACGAAUUAAGGGCACCUGACAAUCUAUGAUACAUUAUUUAAAAUGUUACAGAUGUAAUAUAUGUCAUAUCUUACCAUUUAUCAACUUAAGACCCCUUGUUCUCAAAGAUAUAGAAAUUCAAGAGUAAGAUCAAAAUCUGCAAUUUAUUCUUAUAGGAAUUAUAUUUGUUGUUACAUUUAUUGUUACUUAAAAUGACAUAAGAUAGAGAAAUUUUAGAAAUGUCAUUUGAUUAAAUGGCUAUGUGCUUCUAAGAGCUCUUUAAAAUAUUGAUCAUGACCUUUUUGUUGAUCAUUAAUUUUAACUAAUUAAUUUUAAUUUAUAGCGAGGUUUAGAAAAAAAACAUAUCAAUCAUGUUCACUGUGCCAUUGUGGUAGUCUUCAUUGACGAUGUUAUCUUGCAAAUAAUUUAAUAUGUAGCUAAUUAAUGGAACAUUUUUAAAAGAUAUUAACAGAAAACUUGGAAUUCAUGACAAGGUGCUGUUAUAUGUCAAUGUGUAUGGACCUUUCCGUUUUUUUGUAGCGGAACAUUCAGCCACACCUUUUCCAUUCAUUGCUAGGUCAACUGCUCACAAACAGUAUCACAAACAUAACAAUGUGUUCUUUUGUUCAAACCAGGUCAACCAGUGACUAUGUAUUAUCUCAGUGAAGCAAUUGGAUAACAAGUUAGCCAAUUUACAUAAAACUGUAAACACUGGAAAGGUCCAUUAUUUUGAUAGCUUUAUUAUAGGAGUUAAGUCCCUUUUGUAAAAUUAUCAUUUAUGUUGAAUCAUUUCAAUGUUAUAAAAGGUAUCAAAACAUGACACUUGAAAUACUUGCUUAUUCAUGACA